AUGGUCAUUACUUGGAUCACAAAUGCAUUGACAAAAGACAUUGCUGACAGUGUGAUACACUCUAAGACAGCACGGGAACUAUGGGAAAGUCUAGAGCAAAGGUUUGGGAGGUCAAAUGGUGCCAAACUCUAUCACUUACAAAAGGAGAUAACAAGUCUGGUUCAAGGUAAUGAUGAUGUUGCUAAGUAUUUCACCAAACUCAAGAAAUUAUGGGAAGAAUUAAAUGCUAUUCAUGUCAUUGAUCAAAGACUAAUUCAGUUUUUGAUGGGGUUAAAUGAUAUUUAUACACAUGCAAGAGGGAACAUUCUAAUGAUGAAUCCCUUGCCUAGUAUGGACCUUGCAUACUCACUACUUUUGCAAGAUGAGAACCAGAGAGAAGUGUAUGCAAAUGCACACUCAACAUUUGAUUCUGCAACUUUUAUGGCUGCUGGAUUAAGUAAACAGCCCCAUGCUCAGUUAUUUUCUGAGUUUGCAGCUUUCAUGGCAUCAGGAAAUGGCAAACAUGUUCAGAAAUUUAAGAACCAGUCAUUCAAAGGAGGAAACACACCACAGAGGUUUAACAAUUCUGCUCAGAGGUUUGUUAAGCCACAACAACGGUUUAAAGGAAAGAAGAAGUAUAACCCAAAUGUUAACUGCACCUAUUGUGGGAAAACAGGACACACACAGGAUGAUUGCUACAGAUUGCAUGGAUUCCCACCUGAUUUUGAGUUUACUAACUCUAAAGACUAUUAA